ACAAAUACAGAAAGGAAAAAGCAAAAAUAGAGAUGAGUGAUGAGCACUGCAGUAGAGUUCUCUACUCUGCAGAUGAAUAUGCAGACUGCUCUUGUUUUCUUUCUCUAUCAUCUGAAUUACUGCUCCGAAGCUUGGAACCUUUGUAAUUCUCAGCCUCACGCAUGCUUUGGGUUUUCUUGGAAUUACACUAUAAAUACAGUUUAGCAUCGGAGCUGCACGCAAAACAUUUGUUGAUAUUCCUGAAUAGUAUAAUCAGAUUGAGUUUGUAAAGCCCGCCCAAAGAUGAUUAUCAGACUACGAAGCCGUGAUGGUUUGGAGAGGGUCGCAAUCGACAACCCACUCGCCACCGUGGCCCAACUUAAAUCCGAAAUUGAAACCCACCUCCGGGUUCCCACCGACGCUCAAAUUCUCUCCACAAAUCGGAAUUUGCUCUUGUCAAAAUCCAGGAACGACUUGAGCCGGUUCACCGAUAUGUCCGACCCGAGUGCCCGGUUGUCCUCCCUCAAGGUUGCUCACGGGUCUGUUGUUUACCUUGCUUAUGAAAGCGAACGCACUGUUGCUGGCCCGGCAUUCCACCGUGCUGGCUCCUCCGGUAAGAAGAUGACAAUGGAUGACUUGAUUGCUAAGCAAAUGAGAGUUACGCGGCAGGAGAAAGCGCAUUCUGAGCUUGUGUCCUUCGAUCGUGAUGCAGCAAAUGUGUUCCAGCAUUAUGUGAAUGAAAGUUUGGCUUUUGCAGUGAAGCGUGCGGGGUUUAUGUAUGGGACAGUGUCAGAGAAAGAGAAAGUUGAGGUGGAUUUUAUCUAUGAGCCACCACAAAGGGGGACAGAGGAGAAUUUGAUGCUUUUAAGGGAUCCUGAUGAGGAGAAGUUGGUUGAGACUAUAGCUUUGGGGUUGGGAAUGAGGAGAGUGGGGUUCAUAUUUACUCAGACGAUUAGUCAGAAGAAAAAGGACUACACGAUGUCAAAUGCAGAGGUUUUGCAGGCUGUGGAGUUGCAUACGGAAGGGAAUUUGAAAGAAUGGGUCACUGCUGUGGUGAAGCUGGAGGUGAAUGAGGAUGGUGGAGCAGAUGUGCAUUUUGAGGCCUUUCAGCUGAGUGACAUGUGCGUUCGGUUGUUUAAGGAAGGGUGGUUUGAAAGGGAGAUCCAAGAAGAAGUUGAUCCAAAGCUUUCGAGGAUGAAGAAAGACGUGGUGGUUGGGGGAAAAGAUACAAGGGAUGUGGACAACGAUUUCUUCUUGGUUGUAGUGAAGAUUUCUGAUCACCAGGGCCCGCUUUCAUCGACGUUUCCCAUUGAGAACAGGAACUCCCCGGUGACAAUGAAGGCAUUGAAAAAUCAUCUGGACCGUACAAAGAGACUCCCUUUUGUGAAACGAAUUUCUGAUUUCCAUCUGCUGCUCUUGAUCACCAGGUUCUUAGACGUCAAUGUUGAUGUUCCUGCAUUGGCAACCUGCGUACAGAUGCAGGCUACUCUGCCUGAAGGAUAUCAGCUACUAAUCGAGUCGCUGGCCACUGCUUCUUGAUGUGGGAAAGAAUGCUUAUUGAUCGAGACAGGAUGGAACACACUAUGCUGAAACUGCACAGGGCAACAGUGUUUCCAUAAGACCAGAGACCGUAAGAGAAUACAUGGGCGUCUGCUCCAGAUUUAGCUGUGUUUCAAUUAAAUCUGCAGAGGGCAACAAUGUUUCCAUUAAAACCAGUGCUUCCAUUGAUUUGUAAAGUGACUUCUAUAUUCUGUAUCUAAUUCUCCUGCUUUGGUUCUGUCUGAUAUUCUUGUUUUUAA